AUGAGAGCUGUUCUUGCUUCUUCUUGGCAUGUCCUGGAACAACCCCCGCCGCCCACUCUUCGCGAGAUUCUCGAAGCAUACAAGGCCAAAGGCGACGGCGACCGAGAAAUGUUGCUAGCCAUGUUGAACGCCAAGAGCUCAGAAGACCAGCGUCUCGCGUCUUAUGCGACAUUACAUCGCACCAUGCUUGACAUGUAUCAAGCGCCUUUUGCUCAAUCAGCUACCACCGUCCUGCCGCUACACAUUCCAGACAGCCAUCAUUCUCAAGCAUAUUCACACGCACAUCCCUUCCCGUCACCACCGGCAUCCUACCACCAUUCACCCCCUCCGUCGUUUUCGCAGCCAUUGCAUCACGACAAUUCACGCCAACACCGGACUCACUCGAGUCAGGACAGGAGUACUCUGCCUUCGUCCUCAAGCCAACCGAUCCGUAAACGGCGUCGAACGUCACGGUCACCUCCGCCACACUCACGGGCGAGGCUUUCUCCCUCAGAAGAGCCUAUGUCAGCCCAUGCAAACGAUCUCCCUCCUUCACCAUACUCGUCGGCGUCUUCGGCACAGAGCAGCGGUGGUUCGCCUCGCUCUCGAGAGUCGAUGGCCAUUAACUCGCUGCUUCUUGACUCACGUUCGACGCUUCGAGAUGAAGACGGGCCGACACGGAAACUAAGUUCAGAACGGAGUACGACGAUGGCUUUCCGGGAGCGAUAA